AUGUCGUCCUUCCUCGACCACACCUACAGCUUGGUCCAUCAAGACAAUGCUGCCGACGUCCCUUCCAUGUCCGAGCUGCGCACCCAGUUGGAAAAGGGCACAGAUGAGACCAAGGUCGAAACCAUGAAGCGCAUCCUGACCAUCAUGCUCAACGGCGACCCCAUGCCCCAGCUGCUCAUGCACAUCAUCCGAUUCGUUAUGCCCUCGAGGUCCAAGCAGCUGAAGAAGCUGCUGUAUUUCUACUACGAGAUCUGCCCCAAGCUUGAUUCCACUGGCAAGCUGAAGCAGGAGAUGAUUCUCGUCUGUAACGGCAUCAGAAACGACCUCCAGCAUGCGAACGAGUACAUCCGAGGAAACACAUUGCGCUUCCUGUGCAAGCUACGGGAACCGGAACUGAUCGAGCCCCUUUUGUCUUCUGCGCGACAAUGUCUCGAGCACCGACAUGCCUACGUGCGAAAGAACGCAGUCUAUGCCGUCUCUUCCAUUUUCAUACAUUCGCCAUCCCUGAUUCCCGAUGCCGCGGAACUCAUCGCCACCUUCCUCGAGGGAGAGAGCGACGCAACCUGCAAGCGCAAUGCAUUUGCCGCCCUUUCGAGCAUCGACCACGACAAGGCCCUAGCCUAUUUGAGCUCCGUAUUCGACGGCAUCCCCAACGCAGAGGAGUUGCUUCAGUUGGUUGAGCUAGAAUUUAUCCGAAAAGAUGCGGUGCAGAACACGCAGCACAAGGCCCGGUAUCUGCGCCUUAUCUUCGACCUCCUGGAAGCCGGUGCCUCGACGGUUGUGUACGAAGCUGCCUCGUCGUUGACCUCACUGACUAGUAAUCCUGUCGCCGUGAAAGCCGCGGCCGCCAAGUUCAUCGAGCUGAGCAUCAAGGAGGCCGACAACAAUGUCAAGCUUAUUGUACUUGACCGAGUAGACCAGCUGCGCCAGAAGAACCCGGGCGUGCUGGACGAUCUGGUCAUGGAGAUCCUGCGCGUCCUGUCCAGCCCCGAUAUCGAUGUCCGACGAAAGGCCCUCAGCAUUGCCUUGGAGAUGGUGUCUAGCAAGAACGUGGAAGAAGUUAUCCUGCUGCUCAAGAAGGAGCUUUCCAAGACCGUUGAUCAGGAGUACGAGAAGAACGCCGAGUACCGACAGCUGCUCAUCCAUUCUAUCCACCAGUGUGCCAUCAAGUUCUCCGAAGUUGCUGCCAGCGUGGUGGAUCUGUUGAUGGAUUUCAUUUCCGAUUUCAGUAACACCUCAGCUGUCGAUGUCAUCACCUUUGUCAAGGAGGUGGUGGAGAAGUUCCCGAACCUGCGGUCGUCAAUUGUGUCGCGCUUGGUCGAUACCCUUAGUGAGGUUCGGGCCGGCAAGGUCUACCGCGGGAUCAUCUGGAUAGUUGGAGAGUACUCGCUUGAAGAGAAAGACAUCAGAGACGCGUGGAAGAGGAUACGGGCAAGCUUGGGCGAAAUACCCAUCCUUGCUUCUGAACAGAGGUUACUGGACAACACGGAUGGCGACGAGGAGAAAGAGAAGGAGCAGGUUAACGGCCACUCCAAACCAGCACAGCCCUCAGGGUCGAGACGAGUUCUAGCAGACGGCACCUAUGCGACAGAGACUGCCUUGACAAGCAACUCAGCGGCUGCUGCGAAAUUAGAGGCCGUCAAGGCUGCUCAGAAGCCCCCGUUGCGACAGCUAAUCCUCGACGGAGACUACUACCUGGCCACUGUUCUUUCUGCUACACUCACAAAGCUCGUCAUGCGGCAUUCGGAGAUCUCGUCAGAAAAGGCGCGCACGAAUGCCCUCAAGGCCGAGGCUAUGUUGAUCAUGAUUUCCAUCAUCCGCGUCGGCCAGUCACAGUUCGUCAAGGCGCCCAUUGACGAGGACUCCACCGACAGAAUCAUGUCCUGCGUCCGGUCCCUAGCUGAGUUCACCCACAAGAAGGAGCUCGAGACCGUCUUCCUCGAUGACACACGGAAGGCAUUCCGCGCCAUGGUGCAGGUUGAAGAGAAGAAGAGGGCGGCAAAGGAGGCCGACGAAAAGGCCAAGACUGCCAUCCAGGUUGAUGAUGUGGUGCAGAUCCGACAACUUUCUAAGAAGAACGUCGGCGAUGGUACCGACGAGAUCGAACUUGACCUUGAAAAGGCCACCGGCGGAGAGUCAACAGCUGAGGACCUCUCUUCGAAACUCAGCCGUGUCGUUCAGCUUACCGGGUUUUCAGACCCUGUUUAUGCCGAGGCCUACGUCAAGGUGCACCAGUUCGAUAUUGUACUGGACGUGCUUCUAGUCAACCAGACCACCGAGACGCUACAAAAUCUUUCUGUUGAGUUUGCGACACUCGGCGACCUUAAGGUGGUAGAACGGCCAACCACGCAGAAUCUUGGUCCCCACGACUUCCACAAUGUACAAUGCACCAUCAAGGUGUCGUCGACCGACACUGGUGUCAUCUUUGGCAACGUGGUAUAUGACGGCGCGCACAGCACUGAUACCAAUGUUGUCAUUCUCAACGACCUGCAUGUUGACAUUAUGGACUACAUCCAACCCGCCACAUGUACAGAAACGCAGUUCCGCACCAUGUGGACCGAGUUCGAGUGGGAGAACAAGGUCAACAUCAACAGCAAGGCCAAGACGCUGCGCGACUUUUUAGAGCAGCUGAUGGCCUGCACGAACAUGAACUGCCUGACACCCGAAGCUAGUAUGAAGGGCGAUUGUCAGUUCCUGAGUGCGAAUCUGUACGCCAGGAGUGUGUUUGGCGAGGAUGCUUUGGCCAACUUGAGCAUCGAAAAGGAAGGCGAAGAUGGGCCUAUCACUGGUUUUGUCCGCAUAAGAAGCAGAUCGCAAGGCUUGGCUCUGAGCCUUGGAUCGCUCAAAGGUCUGAACAAGAUCGGGACCGGCGCUGCUUGA